GUUACUCAAAAUUCUUGCAGUUUGCGUACAUACUUUGUCACUUGUAAAAUAUUUAUAGUAUCCUAGAAAAAAAUGACAAAGUUGUUGUUGUUGGUGGCAUGCCUUGGCAUAGCUUGUCAAAAUAUCAGAGGCGCCGUUGUUCGAGAAAAUUCCUCGAGAAAAAACUUGACAAAUACAUUGAACGUGAUUUACGAAUGGAAACACAUUGAUUAUGAUUUCGGUAGCGACGAAAGAAGACAAACUGCGAUUGAAUCUGGCGAAUAUGAUCGUACGAAAAAUUAUCCUUCCGACGUUGAUCAAUGGCAUGAUAAGACUUUUGUCACUAUGUUAAGAUACAAUGGUGUGCCUUCCUCUUUGAACGUGGUAUCUGACAAAACUGGCAACGGUGGACCGCUUCUACAACCUUAUCCCGAUUGGUCAUUUGCUAAGUAUGAAGAUUGUUCUGGAAUCGUGAGCGCCCAUAAAAUUGCUAUCGACGAAUAUGAGAGAUUGUGGGUUCUGGACUCGGGUCUUGUCAAUGAUCAAUCCAUGUGCUCCCCGAAAUUGCUUGCCUUCAAUCUGAAUACUUCACAAUUGCUUAAACAAGUCGAAAUACCGCAUAAUGUUGCCGUAAAUACUAUCACAGGAAAGGGUAGAUUAGUAUCUUUAACUGUUCAAGCUAUGGAUUCUGUAAAUACUACGGUGUACAUGGCAGACAACGGAGAUGAUGCUUUAAUCGUCUACCAAAAUGCCGAUGAUUCCUUCCAUCGAUUGUCUUCCCACAAUCACAACUCUAGAUCUGACAAAAUAUCGCAAGAAAAUCUCACUUUGCAAGAGGUAGACAACAGAGUUUCUGGAAUGGCACUUAGUCCCGUGACGAAUAAUCUUUAUUACAGUCAUCUCUCUUCUCAGAAUUUGUAUUAUGUUAACACAGAAUCAUUAAUGAAUUCGCAAAAUCAAGGAAAUGACGUGCAAUAUGAAAGAGUCCAAGACAUUUUCAACAGUCAAUUAUCCGUUAAAGCAGUAUCGAAAAAUGGCGUACUCCUUUUCGGAUUCGCGAAUAAUACACUUGGUUGCUGGAACGAACAUCAGUCACUUGACAGACAAAAUAUCGAUGUUGUAGCUCAGAAUGAGACGCUUCAAAUGAUCGUUAGUAUGAAGGUUAAGCAAAAUCCUCCACAAUCUGGCAGGAUAAAUAAUACGCAAAGAAAUGAAUAUUUGUUGGUUUUAAGCAACAGAAUGCAGAACAUGCUAAACAAUAAUCUUAAUCUCGAACACAUGAACUUCCGAAUUUUGGGCACUAAUGUAAACGACUUAAUACGGAAUAGUCGUUGUGCAAAUUCUGACAAUCAGGAUAAUAAUCAACAUAAUCGUAAUCAUAAUCAAGCUCGUCAUUCUUCAAAAUCUGACAAUCAGGAUAACAAUCACAAUAACAAUCAAGCUCAUCAUUCUUCAAAAUCUGAUAAUCAGAAUAACAAUCAAUAUAACAAUUAAAUUCAUCAUUCUUUAAAAUCAUAUUAAAAUCUGUUAAUUAAUUUUUUCUCGAUGUAAGUCAAAUAUUUUAAAAAAUUUCAUUACAUUAUAAAAUGAAUAAAAUAAAUAUCGUUUUUCGCAUAAUAACUUUCAC